AUGCAUCCAGUCAGCACAACGCGCACGCAGCCUGCACACCAACAGCAGAGUGCACGCGUCGCCAGCGCGCACCCCGCCAGCAGAGCGCUUGUGCCGCCAGCAGAGCGCAUGUGCCACCAGCGCACACCUCCCACGCGCACACGCCAGCACGCGCACCGCCACGAGCCCGCACCAGCAGCAGCGUGCACUGCUACCAGCGUGCCACCCGUCAGCGCGGCAGCAGCACACGCCGCUAGUGCGCCAUCAAAGCACGCCACCACCCUGCCAGUGCUCGCCAAAAAGCACCAGCUCAUCCCAAGCAGCACACCAGCGGCGGCUGGCAGCCACACCAGCUCCUACUGGCGUAGGUUGUGGCGCCGGGACGGCCGGGCGGCGGUAGUGCAGUCACCUGCUGCCUGGAUAAGCAGGCAGGAGAGCGGAGUGGUCAGAGCUGUGGGCGGGUGGUUUGCUGGUUGGGGGAGUAAGCAGGAGAGGUGGCAGGGGUGUGAGGAAGAGAAGGAAGAGCGAAAACGUAGUAAGCGAGAGGGGAAGGAGGGGGAGGGGGCGGAGGGAGAAGAGGAAGGGGAGGAGGGAGAAGGGGAGGAUGGUGAAGAGGGGGAGGUGGUGGCGGCUGUGGUGGAGGAGGUGGUGUGUCUACGAGGGGAGGUGACAGCAGCUGAAGAGAGGGAGUGA